GGACCGCCGAAUAGGUGGGGGGACCUGUGUGUCCUGGUGCAUUAACAGGCUUCCAGCAAACAAAAAGCUGUCAAGCUCUGCAUUGCGCUGAUGGCAGCUUUCACACCCUGUCUGCUGUAUUGGUGGCUUAGCGUUCUGAUCCCAAGUGUGGUGCAGGAAGAACUAGUCCAGUCCAGGAAGCUGAAGACCUACGGCCGCCAUCUUGCACAUCCCUAAAUCACAAGUAAGGAUUUCAGCUGCUCUGACUGGUGUGUGGACCAAACAUUCAUCUUCCUCCAAAUGGCCCAGUGCUCUGCUUCCACUCCCAUUCCUCUUCCUGAAGUGGCUUCUUGGGCUUAGAGACAACAUUCACUUAGCCUUCCAGUGGAUCCAGGAAAUGGACUCAGUAACCAUUGAGGAUGUGGCUGUGGUCUUUAGCCAGGAAGAGUGGGCUUUGCUGGAUCUUACUCAGAGGAAACUCUUUAGAGAUGUGAUGAUGGAAACCUUCAGAAACCUGGCCUCAGUAGUGUCUCGAAACCUUGAUAAUGGAGAAAAGUUAUCCAGUGAACAUAUAAUGGUGCAGUUCAUGAAGAAUAAGACCUGGUCCUCCAUGUUAGGAGAUAUAUCCAAAUUGCAUGGCAAUAAAGAUCAGCAUAAAAACCAGGAGAGACAUUUGAGAAGUCAUGCAGUAGAGAACCUCUGUGAAUGUAAUGAAGGCCAUCAGUGUCAGAAAACCUUCAGCCAGAUUCCAAAUCUUACUAUGCUAAAAAGAAAUCCUCCAGAAGUGAAUCCUUUUGAAUGCCAUGCAUGUGGAAAAGCCUUCAUGGAUCACUCAUCACAUAACCAUCAUACCAGAUCUGACAGUGAAUGCAGUGCUUGUCAGUGUAAGGAAUGUGGAGAAGCCUGCAGUUGUCCCUCUCACCUAAACACUCCUGUGAGAAUUCUUAAUGGAAAGAAACCCCAUAAAUGUAAGGUAUGUGGGAAGGACUUUAUUUGCAUCUCAACCCUUAAGAAUCCUGUGACAACACUCACUGGUGAGAAACGCUAUGAAUGUAACAAAUGUGGGAAAGAUUUCUGUAGUUUCUCAUCCAUUUGGAUACAUGUGAGAGGUCAUAAGCUUGAAUGUAAAGAAUGUUGUAAAACCUGUGUUCCUUCAUCCCUCAUUUUACAUAAAAAAUCUCAUAACAGAGAUAAUCCUUAUGAAUGUAAGGAAUGUGGGAAAGCCUUUAGUUAUUCCUCAUCCCUUACUACACAUAUGCGAACUCACAGUGGAGACAGGCCUUAUGAAUGUAAGGAAUGUGGGAAAGCUUUUAGUCAGACUUCAAACCUCACUACACAUAUGCGAACUCAUAGUGGAGAAAGGCCUUACAAAUGUAAAGAAUGUGGGAAAGCCUUCAGGUGUUCCUCACACCUCACUACACACAUGAAAACUCACAAUGGGCAGAGACCUUAUGAAUGUAAGGAAUGUGGGAAAGCCUUUAGUCAAGUGUCAUCCCUCACUCAGCAUAUAAGAACUCACAGUGGAGUGAGGCCUUAUAAAUGUAAGGAAUGUGGGAAAGCCUUUAGGUGUUCCUCACACCUCACUACACAUAUAAAAACUCACAGUGGGCAGAGGCCUUAUGAAUGUAACGAAUGUGGGAAAGCUUUCAGUAAUUCCUCAGCCCUCACUAAACAUACAAGAACUCAUAGUGGAGCGACGCCUUAUCGAUGUAAAGAGUGUGGGAAGGUCUUUAGGCAAGCCUCAAAUCUCACUACACAUAGAAGAAUUCAUAGUGGAGAGAGGCCUUAUGAAUGUAAGGAAUGUGGGAAAGCUUUUAGUCGUUCCACACACCUUACUACACAUAUAAGAACUCACAGUGGAGAGAGACCUUACGAAUGUAAGGAAUGUGGGAAAACCUUUAGUCAUUCCUACUGCCUCUCUGAACACAUAAGAACUCACAGUGGAGAGAGGCCUUACGAAUGUAAGCAGUGUGGGAAAGCCUUUAGUUGUUCCUCAUCCCUCACUAAACAUAUAAGACUCACAGUGGAGAGAGGCCUUAUGAAUGUAAGCAAUGUAGGAAAGCCUUUAGUCAGGCCUCAUCCCUCACUAAACAUAUAAGAACUCAUAGUGAAGGGAGACCUUAGGAAUGUAAGGAAUGUAGGAAAGCCUUUAGUCAGGCCUAACUGUUCACUUCACGUAUAAGAACUCAUAGUGGAGAGACUAUGUCAAAAGUGGCGCGUUUCAUCCUUACUGCUGUAAUCCCAAACAGCAAAUUUCUGAAAGUCUGCGAUUAAAGAACAAAGUUUCUCUGUGAGUGAGAAACCAAUACUAACUCAAAGAAGGGGCCAUUAGAACUACUUUGUGCCUUUGGGAGAGAUGACAGUUUCAUUGUAACUGCAGGGCUGUCCUCAUCAGUAUUUGCUACUUUCUCAAAGCUAAAUUUUACCUUUCUGAAAGUCUUCGGUUACUACAGGGAAUAGCCUUGAGCAAAUGCGGUUUUAUAUUUUUUAAUGUUAUUAUUGAUGUUAUUUUGCAUACAAUUAAAUACACUCAUCUUGUAUUUGGUUUAAGAGUGUUUUGUUUUCAUAUUUAACACAUUUCCUUCCAUUCUUUCCUAUUGUAAAGUUAACUAUUUUAUCUUUUGUAGUUAGUAAGUUUCUCAUAGGGCGAUACUUUGAGACUGCAAAUAUUCUGUUUUUCAUUGUACUGUGGCCUAAUUUUAGUAUCCAUUGAAAAUUAUUACCUAUGCUUAUUACUGUGGUGUUUACCGAAAUGUUACCGGGUGGAAACCUCAGAUCCUGCUCGGCAUGACUCAUAUCGGCCAGUAGACAGGAGACUGGGAUGGAAGAGUGGAAAGGUGCUUCUAUUUUGUUGCGCAAGGAAAGGAGACAGAGCUGCUGCCACCAAGACUGCUCAGAGAUGGUGAGGGGAAAUGUUACUUUUAAGGAGUUUACAAGUAGGAAUUUCGUACAAAUUACAUUAGCAACAUUCUUAAUCAUACUACGGAGGUGCAGUGGGGCUUACAUAUAACUUUGUGCAUCACCAGGAUUUUCAUGUAAAUUUACAGUGUGCCAGGCAAAGGAAACAGGAUUCUAAUACAAAGCCGCAGGGCAAGCUAAGCAGGCUGCUUGAGGCAGUGGAAUUUUCCGCAGCCUGAGGACCUCUGUCUUAAAAUGGUAUUUUUUUCCCCAAUCAUUUAUUCUGUAUUAAUUGGAAUUUUACAAAAAAUAGAUUUCUUUUCUCUCCCCUUUGUUUAUUAAAUUGUUAAUCCUGGCAGUCUCUGGAUUAUGAAUGAGUUCCAUUUGUCUUUAAGUCCAAUCUGUAUGUAAGUGGAAACAGUUACAAUUAGUAUCUAAUGUCAGUCAAAUAUUUGUCUUAGUAUAUAGUGUUAUGGAUUGAAUUGUGUCCCCUAAAAAUGUAUGCUAACUUGGCUAGUCCAUU